ACCUUACAGCACGAAUAUGCCAACUGUGGCUGUAAAUGCACUGCCUGUCAUCAACUGAACUGGGGAAAAUCUAUGACAUAAUUAAUCUGCCGUUUAUCCAUGUUGUGAUGUAUUAAAUACUCUCUUACAUAGGACAUGACUGUAGGCCUAUACAUGUAUUUAAUUCUUUGAGAGGGGAAUCUGAGAGUUUUUAACAGGACUUUGGUUAUCAGUAAUAUUGCGGGGGUGUUUUAGUUAGCAUUUUGGUUUUCACUAACUCUAGGCCAGGAAGUGACACACAUAGUACUGGUGUGACUUGCUCACUGUUCCCAUGCAUGUACUUUCUAUCAGACUACAUUUAUAUUUUGACAACAGGCCUGUAUUAAGCCCCAUUUGGACGUGUAGUUGUGCCUGCUACAUUCUUUUACGUACACCAGUGCAGGCGUUUUAACCGUACUUAGUUUUAAGGCGAAUACAACAUGGCUGAUAGUGAUACCCCUACACCAGGCACGGGUCAGCAAGCUGGGCGGGGAGCCACGGGGGACGCGGCUGGCGGCCCGCUGCCGCUCCGUAGCAAACCCGGGACGGCUUCGCGUGCACGGGAACCGUGCGAGAAAGACGAUGGCAUGAUGGUCAAGAACCCGCAGGUCAUGGAAGAUUUUAAAAAAGCGGUUGAGAAAAAGAAGAAACGUGAGCAAGCCGCCGCUGAGGGCGGUAAUCAAGACGAUACCGGCAGUAGUACGUCUGGGGACAAGGUUGAGGGCAAGGCGCCUGCUAAACCAUAGAUGUCACCUGCACCACCUCCUUCCUACAGGUGCCUUAUGCUUUACACGAAGGUGACCCUGCUGAUGCAAUACCUUUAUACUGAAUUGGAGGUGCUACAUAAUAAUAAGGUGCCAACCUUUUACUGCCUUACACUAGUUAUACUAUUAAAUUACUUUAUGGUAUAUUUUUAUAUUCUUAUGGAAGCACAUCCUAUAAGUGAUUUCUAUUAGCGUUGUAAACAACGCAUCGAUUUCGUUAAGCUUCAAACCAUACGGUUAUGUUUACCUUUUUUGCAAUGUGAAAAACCGAAGAAGCCAAGUGGGUGCUUGUCUAAGGUGUCAGUUUUGUUUCUAAAAACAUUGUUACAUUAUUAGCUAUUUUUUUCGAACAAUAAUAGGUAAAAUACAUUUUUAAAUUGUAUUGUAUACGUUGAUUACUCAAUUGUUUCUUCAUGAUUUUCUUUUCAAUUGGCUGAUCAACUCAUCGUUGCCAUUACCAAAUGUUUUAUGAGGCUUUCUACCUUUUCAAAAUGACAACGAUAACAAUGACGAUUUAAGCCAUAUCUUGAUAGGCACACUUCCAAAUCAUGUUCGGUAAAUGAACAGCCCAAGAUGCACUCGGCUAGAAUUUAAAACAAACUUUUCCUUGAAUUUUGUUGGAAUUUCCACGACAUCAAAUUUGAAAACUGCGAAUAUAAAGGCAUGCUGAUUGGUUGGGCCACAGGUUACUCAUGAAAUAUUCAUUAAGAUGGAGGGUGGGAGGAGUGCAGUGACAGGAUUAUAGUGUUGCAUUUUUCUAUGCAAAUACAGUAAUAUGCAAAUAAGACUAUUUUAAGCAAUUUUUAGCCUAUUAUUAAGCCACUGAGACUUGAUACUGGGUUUCAACACCACUGCCGAAAGUCCACGUUGUAGCUGUAUUAAAAUGUCCCAUGUUAGAUUCCACCCGGAAUCCGGGUCAGAGUUGAUCUCACAAAUUUCUGGAUCAAAAUGUCAGUUUUUCGUGAAAAUCUGACACUUUCCGGGUCAAAAUGACAUAAGUGUGUGUCAAAAUGACAUAAGUGUGUGUCAAAAUGACAUUUGUGUGUGUCAAAAUGACAUUUGUGGGUGUGUCACAAUGACAUUUGUGUGUGUCAAAAUUACUCUUUUCCGGGUCAAUGGCCCAGAGAAGUGUCGUUUGACCCAGAAGAGUGUCGGGGCUGUCGGGUGAAAUUUGACCCGGAUGUGGGUCAAAUCUGACGCGUGAUAUCUUUCUUUAGAGUGCAUUGAAGCAUGUAGUUGUCCAUUCCUCCUUUGUGUUUAAGCCUAAGGAUUUAUGUCAAACAAAAAUGUGUUUACCUACGAGGGGAAUAGUAACAACAGCACAUUUGCAAUAAGCACUGCCUUUAAGUGUCCUGUAGAACCAUUUUACCGACGGAAUGACUGUUUUUUCCACGCACCAAACCACACGGUGAACCGCCUUGAGAAUAGUACAGAUGCCUUUCAAAAUAUUCCGUUAGAACCUUCUAUUAUACAUAUAAUGGGGAACAAAUCCAUUUGCAUGAUUAAAUCGAAUCGAGAACGGAACAAAUGGAUCGUCAGUCGUAUUGUAAAAGAAUUGAUACUGUAUUUUAAUUCAAUUCAAUUCAAACUCUCAUUUAUUUUCAUACCAAAAUGAGAAUUACAAGAAUUACAAGCAGAACACACGAUUAAGUACAUAAAUCAUUUUAGUUCUUUGUAUAUCGUUUUAUUAAUUUCAAAAUAAAAUUUGAGUUGAUUGCAUAUACUUUGCUAUAUUUCAA